AAUUCUAACACAUGUCAGAGUGUGUAGCAAUCAGUGCCCUCUCUUUGCUCUGAGAACCUGGCAGCUGUCUCCUCUCUCGCUCUGAAUACUAAUCUCUGGGACUCUCUUUCUCAGGUCUGAUCUCUCCUCUUGCUCUCAUAUUCUCCCAGAAUAACAAUCUGUUGCAGGCUGCUCUCUCACACUUUCCUUUUCACACCCUGUUUGACAGUCAUUCCUCUCUAAAUUUUCAUUCAGUUAUUUUUUUUAAAUCUGCACCCCCAUUCCAUUCUCAGCCCCCCCUCCUUCUUCUUUCCCAUCCCCCUACUCAUUUCUCCCUCUGCCUUUUACUCUGAACCGGCUUAUAAUAGAGAGAUCAUUGACUCACCCCCCCCCCCCCCCCACCAUAUAUACACAUAUCUACAGAGAGCAGCCCAGUGCCAUACACAAGGAAUUUACCUUAAAACAUGCAGCCCAGAGGACUUACCCUGCUCCUACCUUGAGACUUUAUACUUCCUCCUAAUGUCCUACAUGCCAAAGAAGAGAAGGAGGUCCCAUCCCCUCACACUCCAAAAUUCUGGACUUCUACAUGAAAACAAGGUCAAAGUUGUACAUGGAGUUUAAUAAUGAGAUUUUUGUUCCGACCUGAAGAUACAAGCCAGCAGUAUCACCUCUAGGAGAUCCAGACAGACUAUCCUGUUUAGUAGUGAGAAUUAUUAAUCCACAGCUUCCUGAAGGAUUAAUUAACAGCUUCCAGAGUAGGAACCUAGAACCAAACCCAAUUCAACACUGGAAACCUCAGCUUAAUGUUAGUUCACUGGGAUUCUCAAGGAUCUCUCUGAAGGUACCAGUAGCACCUGGAACUUGGAACCCCAAGUAUAAAAUUAUAUUAUGUAUCAUUCAGGUGGAGCCUGUGGACAUCUGUGGACACUUCUCUAGAGAUGCAAAACUGGAGACUGGACCAUUAGAUGCUCAAAAGAGAGCAGGCUGGACAGUUAUCACCUGGGCACCACAGCUAAAGUUCACUGAGAAGUGUGUUAGAGUAAUAGGUGAUAGAAUGGACCUGGAGAAGGAUGUUCAACCCUUGCCUCCACGUUACAGAUUUCGUGACCUCUUCGUGGGAGAAUGGCAGGAAGACAGGGUUCAAGUCGAAUUUUAUGUGAAUGAAAAUUCUUUUAAGGAAAGACUGAAAUUAUUUUUUAUAAAGAAUCAGAGAUCAAGUUUAAGGGUUAGACUGUUUAAUUUUUCACUGAAGUUGCUGAGUUGCCUCCUUUACAUUAUAAGAGUCCUUUUAGAUGACCCAGCAGAGAACAGGGGGGCGUGUUGGGAAUGUUCCAAACAGAAUUAUUCUGCACAACAUAGAUUUGACUGGACCCCUAUUAUUUGGGUGAACAGACCACUGCCUUUGUGGGGUCUCCAGGUACUUGUUGCGUUAAUUAGUUUUAUGGAAACAAUGCUGCUGACAUACCUCGGAUACAAGGGAAAUAUAUGGGAGCAGCUGCUCAGGAUUCCGUUCAUACUGGAGAUGUUGAACACUCUUCCAUUCUUUAUCACUGUUUUUUGGCCUCCUUUACGGAAUGUUUUCAUUCCCGUCUUCCUCAACUGCUGGCUGGCUAAGCAUGCCCUCGAAAACAUGAUUAAUGACCUACAUCGCGCCAUCCAGAGAACCCACUCGGCUAUGUUUAACCAAGUCUUCAUCCUAAUUUGCACCUUAGUCUGCCUCAUGUUCACCUGUAUCUGUGGGAUUCAGCACUUGGAAAGAGCUGGGAACAAUCUCACCCUCUUUGACUCGCUUUACUUUUGCAUUGUUACUUUUUCAACCGUGGGAUUCGGGGAUGUAACACCCAAAAUAUGGCCGUCUCAGCUGCUGGUGGUCAUCAUGAUCUGUGUGGCACUGAUCGUGCUUCCUAUCCAGUUUGAGCAGUUAGCUUUCCUGUGGAUGGAGAGACAGAAGUCUGGAGGGAAUUACAGUCGUUAUCGUGCUCAGACUGAGAAACACGUGGUUCUGUGUGUCAGUUCCUUGAAGAUUGACCUCCUAAUGGAUUUCCUAAAUGAGUUUUACGCUCAUCCAAGGCUACAAGACCAUUAUGUAGUCCUUCUGUGCCCCACUGAAAUGGAUCUACCUGUGAGAAGAGUCUUACAAAUCCCUCUGUGGUCUCAACGUGUCAUCUACCUACAGGGUUCAGCAUUAAAAGACCAAGACCUCAUGAGAGCCAAAAUUGAUGACGCAGAAGCCUGUUUUAUUCUCAGCAACCGCUUUGAAACAGACCGCAUUGCAGCUGAUCACCAGACCAUUCUACGUGCGUGGGCAGUGAAGGAUUUUGCACCGAACUGCCCCUUGUUUGUCCAGAUCCUGAAGCCAGAAAAUAAAUUUCAUAUUAAAUUUGCAGAUCAUGUGGUUUGCGAAGAGGAAUUUAAGUAUGCCAUGUUGGCGCUGAACUGUGUUUGCCCAGCUACCUCCACGCUCAUCACUUUGCUGAUACACACCUCCCGUGGGCAGGACAGCCCAAGCUCACCCGACCAGUGGCAGAAAACAUACAGUCGCUGUUCAGCAAAUGAAAUCUACCACAUCCGACUGAGUGAGAGCAAAUUCUUUGGUGAAUACGAGGGGAAAAGCUUUACAUACUCAUCCUUCCAUGCUCACAAAAAGUAUGGAGUCUGCCUGAUUGGAGUGUGUCGUGAAGAAAAAGCCAAUAUCCUUCUAAAUCCGGGGCCUUGCCAUAUUAUGUCAUCAUCUGAUACCUGCUUCUAUAUCAACAUCUCAAAGGAAGAGAACUCGGCCUUCAGCUUUAAGGAACAAGAGCAGAUCCAGAGAUCAGGGAUUGCAAAAUCUGCUUACCAUGGGUUAACAAGACUCCCGGUUCACAGCAUAAUUGCCAGCAUGGGUACGGUUGCCAUUGAUCUUCAGGGGUCGAGGAGCCCGGAGAGUAUAGAUAGUAACAUGCUGAGCCCACCUGCUGAACCACACCACAAAAGGAAGCAUAGCAUUGAUGUGGUACCUGAUGUCAUGGAUGGUGACACUGGCACAACGUUCGAUCUUAUGAGUGACCAGUCAGAAGAUGAGACCAGUCAAUCUGAUGAAGAGCUUGACAUAUCUCAUGACUGGGUGAAAGGCUAUCCCUCCAAUACUCCCUACAUCGGCAGCUCGCCCACCCUGUGUCACCUGUUGAAGCAGAAGAGUCCGUACUGUUGCUUGCGACUUGAUAAGAGUUGUCACCACAAUCCUUAUGAAGAUGCACGGGCGUAUGGCUUCCGAAACUCAUUGGUGAUUGUGUCUGCUGAGUGUGCAGGAAAUGGGCUGUAUAACUUUAUAGUGCCACUAAGAGCCUACUACAGGGCAAAAAAAGAACUGAGCCCCAUUAUCCUCCUCCUAGAGAACAUACCUGAUCCCCAGUUUCUGGAGGCAAUCUGCUGGUUUCCUCUAGUCUACUACAUGGUCGGAUCCAUAGACAACCUAGAUGACAUGCUACGUUGUGGGGUGAGCUAUGCCGCUCACAUGGUGGUUGUGGGAGAAGAGAGCUCUAUGAUAGCAGAGGAAGAUUACAUGGCGGAUGCAAGAACCAUUGUGAAUGUCCAGACACUCUUUAGGCUAUUCCCAGGACUGAACAUUAUUACAGAACUAACACAUCCUGCGAAUAUGAGGUUCAUGCAGUUUAAAGCAAAGGAUAAAUAUUCAGUUGUUCUCUCUAAACUGGAGAAGAGGGAACGUGAGCGAGGUUCUAACCUGGUCUUCAUGUUCAGAUUGCCCUUUGCUGCUGGAAAAGUAUUCAGCGUCAGCAUGUUGGACACUCUUCUAUACCAGUCCUUUGUUAAGGAUUACAUGAUCUCCAUCACCCGUCUCUUGCUGGGCCUCGAUUCAAUGCCUGGUUCUGGAUUCCUCUGUGCUUUGCGGGUGACAGAGGAAGAUCUUUGGAUUCGAUGUUAUGGAAGGUUAUAUCAGAAGCUCUGCUCCACCACUGGGGAUAUUCCAAUUGGAAUUUAUCGUACUGAAACGCACAUGCUCCCACCUUCCGAGUCACAGGUCUCUAUAAGUGUGGAGGAUUAUGAGGACACAAGGGAAACCCGUUGGGGAGACUCUUCCCACAGCCGCCCCACACAUCGCAAUUCUACAUCUAGUGAUCAAUCUGAACACCCUCUCCUGCGCAGGAAAAGCAUGCAGUGGGCAAGGCGGCUGAGCCGUAAGGGAGCUCGGCAACCUGGAAAAUCAGCUUCCGAGAGAAUCAGCCAACAGAGGAUGAGUCUUUACAGACGGUCAGAGCGUCAAGAACUCAAUGCUUUGGUGAAGACCAGGAUGAAGCACCUGGGGCUUUCAACUGCUGAGUAUAUGGACAUUAUGGACACCGAUAAUAUGCUAUCUUAUAUCCUUAUAAAUCCUCCUCCAGAUACCAAACUGGAGCUUAAUGAUGUGAUUUACCUCAUUCGCCCAGAUCCUCUUACUCUGGUUUCCAAUAACAACCGGAAAGCCAGUGUCACACGUUCAGAAGGCCACAUUCAUGAUACGAAGGACAGCACUCAUCUCUGAGCCCUUAUCUCACAGUGGAAUGGUGAAGACAAAAGGAAGGCAAGAAAGAAGCAGAGAAAGAAAAAAGGAGGGCAGUGUAAAGUAGUCCUCUCUACCAACGCACAGGGGACUGGACAUUCAUCACGAUCCCGCUGCCCUGUCCUGACUGCACAUGGGAAAUAACACACUGUAGCUAUUUACUGCAGACAUGUGGGUGUUGAUAUAAUUACUUCUGUCUCAUUCUAUGACUUAUCUUGAUUCUAAGAUAUUCUGAGCUCCCUGAUUGACUUAGGGGCUUGACUCACACUCUAUUGUUGUUGUUCACAAGCUACAGAAGACACUAGAACCCUGAGGUUAAUACAUUCUGAAAGGAGUUAUUGAAGAAAGUGCUGAUAUUUCUACGCCCAUGUUCACGUCUUAGCAGUACCAGGCUUUGAAUUCCCCAUGUCCAGGUCUACAAGUAUUAGGCUCUGUAGUUUCAUGCUGAGUAUCGGAGGUCCGAGACUCCUAUGGGGGAGAUACCAGGCUCAGUAUACAAUGUAACAAGGUUUGAGAGAUACCUAGCAAAGUGUCGGCUUUAAAGGUGCUGAAUUUGGGGAGCCCUAGGCUCUUUAUCAACCAUUUCGGUUAUGGUAGGCAAUAGGCUUGGUUCGAUGCCAGCCCUUCCCAUGCCAAGUGCCACAUUCCCGUUUUCAAAUAUUGAGGUUUCUUCCUCUGUGUUUCAUUUGAUAUGUUCAACAGUGUCCAGCAAUGAUAUCAAGUAAUAGCGGUCUAUGCUCAUUAUCCAGCUGUGUCUGUCAGACUUUGUGGACACUUGUUCACCUAUAAUUUUGCAAGACUCUGUUGUGUCCAUACGUAAAUACUUUGUACCGUGGUGUGCAAGCUUAUAUAUUUGUGUCGAUUUUUCUACGUUUUAUUAUCUGCUCUAUUUUUGUUAUAUCAUUGGUCUUUACAAUGUAAAACUUUGUUUCCUGUGCCAAGAUUUACAUCAGUCAGGCUCUUUUUCUUUCCAUCCAUAGAAGAGGUAGACUCCAUUAACCUAUGUCCAGUCAUUGCGGUGACAUGUUCUUUAUGUCCAGUCAUUGCGGAUACAGGGUUUUUAUAUCCAGUCAUUACGGAGACAGGCUUUUUAUGCCCAGUCAUUGCGGUGACAUGUUCUUUUUGUCCAGUCCUUGAGGUUACAAGUUCUUUAAGUCCAGUGAUGGAAAUAAUGGGUUUUAAUGGAUGAAACUGUCCAUUAAUUUCGUACAUGGAUGAGCUCAAGGUAUACAGAAGAAACAGUAGGUAGUACCCUUUAACAUUCUGAGAGGUGCCAGGCUCGGCACCGUUGUUUCUUAAUGUGCCUGGUCAUAUUUUUAAAGAUGUCAAAUUCACAAUGUGUUCAUUCAGUCUUACAGAUACAAGUUUUUUUUAUCCCUGUAUCUUUGGUCCAGUCUUUAUAUACCUCCAAUAGUGGCCCACAAAGGUGAUAGUAGCACCAAUAUCUUUAGGGAUUUUUUCACAAUUGUACUUUAUUGU